GCUCAUUGCAGUGGCGCUUUGGUCCUCGCUGGCUGCAGGUGCUGACGCAGUUUCUUCAAGACCAUAAGCUGAAUCCUUGGAAUUCUCAUACUUUUGCUGUCUCUAGUGCCUGUUGGAGGAGUGUACUGAUAGUCGAGGGGCGGCUAAAGGCGACUGGACUGCUGCUGGUGAUACUCAUGCAAGCGAUAGUGCCCUUGAACAAGAUGACCACCCUCUCCCCAGACCCUAAAACUCUGGUCUUAAGUGAACAAAACACGGCUCUAAAAGUGGAUGCCUCUGGGGAUGAAGAAGCUCUCUUAAGAGGAGACACUGUUGAGCCAGAGUCUUUCAGACAGAGGUUCAGAAGGUUUUCUUACUCAGAUGUGUCUGGACCCAGAAAAACCCUGAAUCAAUUGUGGGAGCUCUGUAUUCGAUGGCUGAGGCCAGACAUUCACACAAAAGAACAGAUUUUAGAGCUUUUGGUCUUUGAGCAAUUCCUGACCAUUUUGCCUGGGGAGAUCGGGAUUUGGGUAAAGUCACAACAUCCUGAGAGUAGUGAGGAAGUGGUGACCCUAAUAGAGGAUUUGACUCAAAUGCUUGAAGAAAAGGAAGAUUUGAUCUCUCAAGAAUCUGUUAUUUCCCAAGAGGAGAACCCUGAAGAAGAUAAGAUGGUUUCCGUCCUUCCACAUACUGAGUCUUGGGGGCCUGUGACGUUUAAGGAUGUGGCCGUGAACUUUUCCAGAGGAGAGUGGAAGAAGCUGGAGCCUCCUCAAAAGGAGCUUUAUAAGGACGUAUUACUGGAGAACUUUAGGAACCUAGAAUUUCUGGGUUUUCCGGUUUCCAAAUUAGAUUUGAUUUCCCAGCUAAAGUGGGUUGAAUUACCAUGGCUGCUGGAAAAAGAAGUCUCAGAAGGCUCCAGAAUAGAGUAUGAUCCUAGAGGUGAAUUGAAGGAAACUGUUCAAGAUGUUCUUAUGGAAGAAUUGACUUUAGAGGAAAUAAUAGAAAGAUACCUGAGUGGUGAUGACUGUGGUUUGACGGGAGAAUCCUGGAAACGUUAUGGCAGUUUAGAAGAGGUGUUUAGUAAUAAGGACUAUUCACAAGUAGCAGUCACACAAAAGAAAACUCAUGGGAGAGGCAGUAAGGGUGAGGGAUUUGACCCAGAAAAGAUUCCCUUUGGAAAUAAUUUCAAACAAACUUCAGACAUAAUUAAACAUCUGAGAGUCUACUUACGGAAGAAAUCUCGGAGGUAUAAUGAAUGCAAGAAACCCUUCAGUUUUCAUUCAGAUCUCAUUCUGAACCGCAAGGAACAUGCUGGAGAAAAAUCACGGAAAUCUAAUGAAGGCAGGAAAACAUUAAAUCAUUCUUCAUCUCUUACUGAACAUCAGAAACAUCAUAAAAUUCAUCUGGCAGAUAAAUCACAGAAGUGUAGUAACUGUGGGAUUGCCUUGACUCAAAGCUCUUCUCUGACUAAGAGAAAAAACACCUCUAUGUGUGAAAAAUGUUGCAAAGAUUUGAGUCAAGAGGCAACCUUAAAUAAAGAUGAGGGAACUGAUAAUGGAGAAAAAACCCAUAAAUGUAGCAAAUGUGGAAAAGCCUUUGGCUAUAGUGCCUCAUUGACCAAACAUCGGAGAAUUCACACUGGGGAGAAACCUUAUAUGUGCAAUGAGUGUGGAAAAGCUUUCAGUGACAGUUCAUCCCUCACGCCACAUCACAGAACUCAUAGUGGAGAAAAACCCUACAAGUGUGAUGACUGUGGGAAAGCUUUCACCCUGAGUGCUCACCUCAUUAAGCAUCAGAGAGUUCAUACUGGAGAAAAACCCUAUAAGUGUAAAGAAUGUGGGAGACCCUUCAGUGACAGUUCAUCUUUAAUUCAGCAUCAGCGAAUUCAUACUGGAGAAAAACCCUAUACCUGUAACAAUUGUGGAAAAUCCUUCAGUCACAGCUCAUCCCUUUCCAAACAUCAGAGAAUUCACACUGGAGAGAAACCGUAUAAAUGUGGUGAAUGUGGAAAAGCCUUUAGACAGAACUCUUGCCUUACCCGUCAUCAGAGGAUUCACACUGGGGAAAAACCAUAUUUGUGUAAUGAUUGUGGGAUGACUUUUAGCCAUUUUACAUCUGUCAUUUACCAUCAGAGACUUCACUCGGGAGAAAAACCCUACAAAUGUAACCAGUGUGAGAAAGCCUUCCCUACCCAUUCACUCCUUAGUCGCCAUCAGAGAAUUCAUACUGGUGUAAAACCUUACAAAUGUAAAGAAUGUGGAAAAUCCUUCAGCCAGAGUUCAUCUCUCAAUGAACAUCACCGAAUUCAUACUGGAGAGAAACCCUAUGAAUGCAACUAUUGUGGAGCAACCUUUAGUCGAAGCUCAAUUCUGGUAGAACACCUAAAAAUUCAUACUGGCAGAAGAGAAUAUGAAUGUAAUGAGUGUGAGAAGACAUUUAAGAGUAAUUCAGGCCUCAUCAGGCAUCGGGGAUUCCAUUCUGGAGAGUAAUUUUGGAUUAUGGUAAGGUGGGGGGGGAUAUCUGCUCCAAAUUGACCCUUUUAAAAGAAAACCUGCAUUGAUUAGUAGCUGCUACUCUUGAUAGGUUGGCAGCUAGGAAUAUUUUUUUUUCCCAUUCACCACACAUAUUUGCUAGGAUGUCACCUUUCGGUAGGUUAGCAUUAGGGUUGAUAAAAUCACAUGCAAAGUCAAGAGAGUAGUAUGAGACUUGAAAUGAUUCUAAAAAGCCAAAUGUGAAUUUAAAAAGCGGGGGAGGGAUGCACAGGACCAUCCUUACCAUCUUUUCAGAUUUCCUUUUCUUCUCUACUUCAUUACCAUGUAGUGUAGGAGGAAGAGAUAUUGACUGGAGUCAGAGAGCAUGCAUUCUGUCCCAGUUUGCCAAGCAACUCCCUAUCUAACCUUGAGCAAAUCAUUUGACCUCUCUGAAUUUUAGUUUCUUUACUGGUAGAAUGAGUAAGUGGGACUCAGGAAUUCUAAGGUUUAUUUUAUUUAUUUUUUAUAUCUCUGUUACUCUGAAGUUGAGGGGAUUAAAGUCAAACAUUUUUUGAUUCCUUGGAUUUUUCAUGUUUCCCCAGUAGGAGAGUCCUCGCUCAGGAUGCUGACCUUCCAGCAUAGUAGAAUGCAGUGUAUUUUUUGAAUACUUGAUGCUAGAAUACAAUCACUGGAAUACUACUGACAGGCACGUCAGUGAAACUCAGACAACUUUGCUUUCAGGGAAUGUCUUAAUUGGUCAGAACCCCCACCCUGUUUCUCCUCUGGGCAUUGGCUGGCUGAGGAGGUUGGGAAUCUAGUGGGCAUGUACCUGAACCAUCUCAGCCAUAAGAACAACACU